UGCAGACAUCGCUGCAGUCUGCACCGCCUCUGCCUCUGCCAGGCCAAAAAAGAUGACUGUGGGGAGCCCCAGGGGGAGCCCCGACAGCUCGGAGUCCAGCGAGCAGAUAUUUCCUCCCAAAUCCUCCUCAGACACAGAAGCGGGAGAGGAACUUCCUGGAGAUGCGCUAGUCUUGCCCAGGGCUGGCAAGCUGGAGGAGUUCCUUAGUGCAGAGGAGGAGACAGAUUCUGCUUCUGACUCAGUGGAGAGCUUUUACAAGAGCCUGGAGAUACUAACUCGGAAUGGCACGUGGAGCCUGUUGGAAUCCCUGGAUCUGUCAGACUCUGACAGUGAUGGAAUCUUUUCUGAAGAUAAUGAAGAUCUGGAGAGUUUCUUCCAAGACAAGGGCAGGGGGAAGCCAAGUGUCCAAUUCCCACAACCUCUGAGGAAUGGCUCCACAAGGCGCUGCAGCUCCUUGAGCAAUCUUCCCUCAGACAGUCCCAGGGCUCAGCCCAGCCCACGCCCUGUCUCCAGGCCCUCCUCCCAGCGCAGAAGCAUCAGUUCCUGGGCCUCAACCAUCACGGUCCCCCGGCCAUUCCACAUGACUCUGCGAGAGGCCCGAAAGAAGACCCAGAGGCUGACCUCACCUUCCUUCUUUGAGCACGAGAGGCAGCAGGCACAGAGGCAGGCGCAGGAGGAAGCUGAGUGCCACCGCCAGUUCCAGGCGCAGCCUGUGCCCGCUCACGUCUACCUGCCCCUCUACCAGGAGAUUGUGGAGCGCAGUGAGGCUCGCAGACAGGCAGGGAUCCAGAAGAGGAAGGAGCUGCUCCUCUCUUCCCUGAAGCCCUUCAGCUUCCUGGAGAAAGAGGAGCGACGAAAGGAAGCUGCUCGACAGAGGGACUUGGCUGCCACAGUUGAGGCCAAGGUCCCCAAGCAGAAAGCCACCAGGAAGAAGAUCCCCAAGUCUAUUCUGGAGCCAGCCCUUGGGGACAAACUUGAGGAAGCUGAGCUCCUCAGGAAAAUCCGCAUUCAGAUGAGAGCCCUGGACAUGCUCCAGAAGGCUUCCUCUCCUGUUACCUCCUGUGCUAGCCGGGCAGAUGAGAAGUCUCGAACCGCCACCCGAACCCGGGAGCAAAAGCUAGGGUUUCUGCAGACUGACUUUGAAUUCCAGCCUCGGGUGAAUACUACCGUCCCCGACUAUGAGGGUCUUUAUAAAGCUUUCCAGAAGAGAGCUGCCAAAAGAAGGGAAACCCGAGAGGUGACUCGGAACAAGCCCUUCUUGCUGAGAACUGCCAACCUGCGUCAUACUCAGCAACCUAGUGAUGCUGAUGUCCCAGGAAGGCGGAAGGAUUCCUCACAGCCGCCUGCCACUCCCCUGCCCAGGAGUCGCUCACUGAGCGGCCUUGCUUCCCUCUCGGUCAACACCCUCCCUGUGCAUAUUACAGAUGCCACCAGGAAGAGGGAGUCUGCUGUCAGAAGCUCACUUGAAAAAAGGAACAGAACAGAUGAGAGUACUCAGUGGUUGGAAAUGCACAAAAAGAAGUGCCAGGCAAUGUCUAAAUCCGUGACAUUGCGUGCAAAGGCGCUGGAUCCCCAUAAAAGCCUGGAGGAAGUGUUCAAAGCAAAGCUGAAAGAGAACCGGAAUAAUGAUCGGAAGAGAACAAAAGAGUAUAAGAAAGAAUUGGAGGAAAUGAAGAAAAGAAUACAAACAAGGCCCUACCUCUUUGAACAAAUUACCAAGGACCUUGCCAGGAAAGCAGCAGAACAGAGGUAUCGAGAUGCCUUGAAGCAGGCUGGACUGGACGAAGACUUUGUGAGGAAACAAGGUCAGAGCACUCGUUCUGUACGAUGGAAGGUGGAUUCUGAUGUCAGUGAUUCCUCCAGCAUUCAUGAAAUGACAAAACUCAGCAUCCAAGAUUCAAAACAGGAUUUAGAAGAAUCUCCAGAACUGCCUACAUGUCUCAAGAAGGAUGUAGAGGAAUUAUCUUUUGAAUCACAGGAUAAUUUCAAAUCACUUGCUUAA